AUGAAUUUGGACUCCUCCGAGGCGGAUCCAGGUGAGAUCCAGGUGAGGCCAGCCGUGCCGGGCCAGGAGCUCCGAUCGCAGCGCCGCUUCUCCGCGGCCAUCCGAUUUCUCUCUCGACCCGACAGACCUCCUUCGUAUCCUACUUUCGCGGCGACGAGGAAGAAAGAAGGGCGAGCACGGUGCGUGCCUUCCAGAAGGUCGAGAGCGAGUCGGCGGCGUCUUCCGGCUCGGAAUUCCUGCCGGUUUCGUCUCCCAUCCAUCGUGCCCGCGAUGGGGAACAAGGACACCAAUGAAGGCGGUGAGCUGACGACGAACGGAGAGAGCCCAUUCGUGGGGGUGAACGAUCCGAACCGACUCAUCGAUUCCACCUGGAACUUGACCAAGUUGGCGUUGAAGGAAAUCGGUGACGUGGUUCCUCUUCGCACCUACGAGGUGCCACUCCUGAAACACGACUUGGAAAUACCGCCGAUCGGAUUCGCCCUUCCCCUCGGAAAGACGUUCUUCUUGGACGACGGCACCUUGGAGGGAUUGGAAACCGCACGCAGAACGGGAAACGCGAUCUUGCGGCGAGACGGAGACGAUUACGUCGUGGAGGCAUCCAUGGAGGCGGAUCGGCUCCUUCUCAACUAUACGGCCGCCUUGCGGUUCCUUCUCUUCAGCAUCGAGAGGAAGUUCUCCGCCGAGUUCGAAGGAAUCCAAAUGGAUCUCGAGAUCCGAGGGAACCCGACUUCCAAGAGUUUCUCCAUCGGACAGUUCGACAUCAAGAACAUUCGAGACGUGAAGAUGCGGUUGGGUGAAAACCGGAAGUCCAACUCUCUCCUCACCACGGUGGUGAGGGGAAUGAAUCUGUUUCUGGGAUGGUCGUUUUACGAUUACCUGGAACCCCUUUUGAACAAUGGGAUCCGAGGCGGGAUUCAAGUCGGCCUGAACCUGCUCAGGAGCGAAAGAUCUUCGUGAAGUGAGGCAGCCUCCAGGAAAUUUCCCCGUCGGCGCUCGUCAUUGCGACAUCAUACGUCACACACUCGAUUUCGAGACGUCGUGCCGGCGGACUCCGUGUUCCCACGAAUUAAAACUUUCAUGUUCGUAGAAACAAGUAUCGUGCAUUUUCUCAACGAAUCGGUUGCUCGUGGGAGGAUGAUCAUUUCGAUGCAUGGGUUUGCUUCUUUGUAUCUUGGAAUUAAGUCUUCACUCUUUUUCUUUGACCAAGAUUUUCUUUUCGCCGGAUGCCGAAAGUCCUUCAUGUAACAUUUGUUCUUGCAACACGCCGUCAUGUAUUUAAUCCCUCGGUGGAGGGGAGAUAAUCCAAGCACGACACUUGGAAAUGUGAUUUUGUUUCAGCUUAGAGUACACUGGAAUAAAUCCCGG